UUGUCACCAGGUUCUCAAGGAUACGCGUUAGAUGUGACAGAGUCUUGACAGGCACGAGCGCAUUGUCACAGAAUUGGUGGUGUCUUGCUUAUCCAGCCCAUUUUCGUGGUGAAGGGCUGCUGUGCGCGGGGGGCGUGCUGCCUCGGUAAGUCUUGUGCUCUUUUGUGAAAGCCACAUAAAAGAGGUUUGAUUGAGGCGUGGUUGUCAGUGUAUGAGCGCAGCGGCAAGGGCAUAUCACGCUGCUCAUGGCAUUGUCACCUUCUGCAUCUGGUUCGUCCAUGGCCGGACGGGAGUUGUAUUCAGCACCCUCCUCGCUCCAAGGGAGUUGGUGGGGUCAACAUUCACCCAUGGACGUAACGGCACAAUCAGGACAUCCUUGUCGCGUCGAGGCAAGAGGGUGUGCAUGCGGAGUUGGUGUCCCGCGCUUCGGUGGCUUUGUAUGUUGGCACAGCACUGGGGUGGUAAAUAAGCGCACAAAAAAGCACAACGGCCAUGGUGGUUCAGCGUCGUGUGGCGGGUUGUGGUGGACGAGUGGAAAGGGAAGAGAGAGGAGGGGCUCGCAGACGGCCGACUGCCGUACGGUAUGUUCGCUUGAUUGCGAUACGUGCAGCGUCGCGAACAACCGCACGACUGCAAGCAUCAUUGCACAACCACCAGACAGCUGCACACCCAGCGGGAUUCGGGCGGUAGGACGUAGGGCUGCAGCCGGGGCUAAGAGGAGAUGAGGGUGUGGGAUAGUUGGGCGUUCGCAGGUCUUUGCUUUUCUGGGAGUGACAUAGGCUGGUAGGUUUGUCUGGCACUUCUCCCCUCCCCCAUACCUUGCCGGCCACUUGGCGGGCCUCAGCCGCCCCGUCCCCCAUAGUCCCAAACAACAUCAGCUUGCAUAUCCCCGCCCCCUCUCGUCUCCCAU